AUGGCUUCAAGCUCAACUGUUUGGAUUCUUACCCUCGGUCUCUGCAUCGCACUCUAUGUCUCCCAACGCAAAUCCAGACGACGUAGCAUUAUGCCUCUUCCACCAGGCCCUAAGAAGCUGCCAUUCAUAGGCAGUGUUCUCAGUGUCCCGACAAAGCACCCUUGGGAAACGUAUAUGGCGUGGAGCAAAGAAUACGACUCAGAUAUCUUGCACCUUGAUCUCGCAGGCCAAUCUCUCAUUAUUUUAUGCUCCACCGAAGCUACGAAAGAUUUAUUAGAGAAGCGGUCAGCGCUAUAUUCAGACCGUCCGCGGCUUACGAUGAUUGUUGAGCUUAUGGGGUAUGACUUUCUCGUCGUCAUGAAGCAAUAUGGGGAUGAAUGGCGCGCCAACCGCCGAUUAAUGAACCAAGAUUUUGGGAAUCAGGCAAAAUUGAGCGCGUUUCGUCCGAUGCAACUGGACGCCGCACACAAAGUCCUUUCAGUUCGAAGAUUGGAUGAUGUGUUUUCGUCGGUGGGCCACAGAGACUAUAUUGAAGAUUACGUAUGGAAUCGAACUGAAAGACAAAGACGAUCCAUAUGUGCAGCUUGCGCGGUCACCUUGGGCGAUGCUGGCAAUGCCCUUCCACUUCUCAAAUAUGUUCCUUCUUGGAUGCCUGGGUUCAAGCGAGAUGCAGCCCGUUGGCGUCGUAUAGCGAGAUGGUCUAGCAUAUUAUUCCCCGGCUCUGAUCAUGAUUCUAACUCAGUCUUCAUACAGGAAGCUGGGAUUGCCUCCCCUUCAUUUGUCGCAAACAAGCUGAAAUCAAUCUCAGCUCAACAGCACUCAUUUUACACCGAAGAUACUAUUUGCUCUAUGGCAGGAACACUCUACCUUGGUGGGGCGGACACAUCCGUGUCUACGCUCUCCUCGUUCUUCCUUGCGAUACUGGCCAACCCACAGGCAAUGUGGAAUGCACAACAGGAAAUUUAUUUCGUCACAGAAGGGACGCGCUUACCGUCACUUGAAGACUAUGAUCUCGGCCGGAUGCCGUAUGUUGGUGCAUUGGUGAAAGAGGUUCUAAGGUGGCGGAAUGUUGGUCCCUUGGGUAAGCAUUCCCGCUGGUCGUUUUACCAAAAGAUUGGACCAGGCGUUCCGCACUACAUUACUUUGGAAGACGAAUAUCGAGGAUACCGGAUUCCGGCCAACUCAAUUGUGAUAGGAAAUGCAUGGGCCAUUCUUCAUGACGAGAAUACCUACCCAGACCCAUUAACAUUCAAACCCGAACGCUUCCUGCUGCCUCGUGCCGAUGACAAAUCAACUGGGAAGUGGACCCCACUGUGCCCGAGCCAGAGGCAGCAUUUGGAUAUGGUCGGCGCCUUUGCCCUGGUCGACAUAUGGCGCGUGCUUCGCUGA